AUGACGGCUAUCGAAACAGACAAGAGCGAUAGGUGUUCGGUCGAAAGUCAAUUCCGAUCACAACGAUUGAUCUUCCAAGAGGGGUUUGAGUCGAGAUCCGUCACAGAACUCUUCAACUUGAAUGAUAAGGGGUUCUAUCAGGAUCUUUACACCUUUGGGGAUCUCCAGAACGAAGGUCACAUUAACAUGACAGUCUGCUGGUACUCUUCUAAUCCGAAGCCGAGGAAUGCGGAUCCAGCUUGGGCAUGGCCUUCAGGCAAACUCUACGAUGCCCCCUAUGAACGCAGCUUGCAUGGAAAGGCUUGUUCUAUAUGGGCUCAAUGGAGCGAUACGGACACCACGACACGGGAUCAAAACUGGAUCUGCCGCGUCCAGACAGCGUCGAGAGAUCUAGUAUUCGACGACAUCGAGCGACUUGUCCGUGAGCCUCUGCUUGCAUUGCCCUUGACGAUAUGCUUGGUUACGUCCAUGGUCCUGAAGCGGGUUAUGGAAGAGUGGGAUUCCCUGCUGCGAUAUAUGGAAAGCAUGGUGAACGUCCACAACGAGAUAGUCGAUCCUGAUCGCCAUGAUCGGCUACUCUUUGACGACGAACAGUUCUCUAGAUCAAGAAGGUACUUCUGGAUGCUCAGCAGUCUAUCGGCAUACAAACAAAUGCUCGAGGAGACACGUUUAAACUGCGAAAGGUUAUUCGAGCUCGUCAAUCGGGUUUAUCCGGACAGAGCAGUGUUGGCCGGAAAAGAGCUCAAAGUAUUAGAGGCACUGGACCCGCAGAUGGUUCGAUUGAAUCGUACGAUGAAGCGUGCUUCGCUUCUGCACUCGAGGGUCCUAGCAUUGAGAGACGGACUCUUCAACGCCAGUGCUGUGCUGGAAAGCCGAGCUGCCAAUCGGCUAAGCGAGAACGUCCGACUGCUUACAUACGUGAGCAUUUUUUACCUUCCGUUGAGCUUCUGUACAUCUCUGUGGUCGACCACAAAUACUUUCAGCUGGACCGGACUUAUGCUCGCCAUGUGUUUGACGGCAAUAGCAACAUACUUGGUGACCUUCAAUCUCAAUCAGAUCGUCAGACUACUAAGUGAAGUAUAUAGUACUUUCAGAUCAAGAAUCAUCGAUCACAUGGCCGAUCAUGUCAAUAUAGAUACCUCUGAUAACGGCGUGUCCAGCGAAACAUCAUCCAAUCUACCAGGUUCACGUCGAGAGUGGAUCGCAAUAGCUGCUCGGUUCCGGCAGUUUAAGCCGCCUAAGCUACAGCCACAGCCCUCAGAAUGGCUCAUUCUACGAUACAUUAUCGAGACGACUGCACAGAUGGUAUGGGAUUUGACACCGAGGAAGGUGUUCAAUGCUAUACGCUGGUCUUAUCGUCGACGAAACACGAAGUGGACUGGAAGGCCGAUGAGUAAUGACGCACAGCAGGAAGACAACAAUAGCGAUAAUGACGGAACCUUCGAACAAGAGGAUCCUUGGAUGUUCGAUAUGUCAAGAAGCGACGUAGGCGCCGGAGCUUCUGAUCGUUCGACCGAUGCUGCCUCUCGCUCUACGGCAUCAGUCCAUAUGUCCGAGCCUCAUUCAGGCCCGGAAACAGACAACGGGAUCGGCGAAGACUUGCCAACUCCAAGCUUGCUACACAGACGUCACGUGAAGGAGCAAGAUCUGGAAGCAGGUGUUGCAGCACGGGCCUCAGCAGAGGUUACCGCGAGCGAUUGA